UUUAUCUGGACGAUAUUCUGAUUUUUUCGAAAACAUUUGAAGAUCAUAAACGACACUUGACUGAAAUAUUGUCAAUAUUACAGAAAGCAAAUUUUCAAGUUAAUCCAGAAAAAUGCUUUAUUGCUGUCGAACAAAUUGAGUUUUUAAGCCAUACCAUCAACCAUGAUUUCAUCCGUCCAUCUCAGGAAAAAAUCCAUGCCAUCGUUGGAUUGAAUCCACCAAGAACUUUAAAUGAAGCUAAUGAAUUUAUUGGAAAACUGAAUUGGUACCGUAGUUUAUUCCACAUUUUGCUGAGAUUGCAGCUCCAAUUCAUAAAGUAACAAAUAAAAUAAAAAAGACUAAACAUGACUUCCACUGGCAUGAUGAACAACAACAAGCCUUCGAAAAAUUUAAACACAUAUUGACAACGUAUCCACUGUUUCUACAAUUUCCCAAUUCAACUGCUCCUUUCAUCUUAGCAACGGAUGCUUCCGACGUCGGCAUUAGUGGAAUAUUACGUCCAGAAACUCCAAAGGGAACAAAAAUUAAUUAUUAUAAAUCUCGAACAUUAAGUGAUACUGAGAAACGAUAUGAUACCAUUGAAAAGGAGGCAUUAGCCAUAUACUGGUGCAUUACAGACUUACGGCAGUACAUUGGUGACUCAUAUAUCUCCGUCGAAACAGAUCACAAACCACUUGCAAAUUUUCACAAAAAGGACAUAAACAACAAACGAGUAAUGAACUGGCUAUUUAAACUGCAAGAUAUUAUUCCACAAAUUACGGAAAUCAAACAUAAAUUACGGGACAAAAACACCGGUCCAGAUUAUUUGUCAAAACAUCCUACUUCCUCUCCAUGCGUCGAAACUACAUUAGAAAGCGACGAAGAACAUUGGCCUCGCGGAACGGAAGCGUGGGAAAUUAAACCACCUCGUGUCAGCUCAUUUACUGCGCAAAUAAAUGCCGUUAUCACUCGUCAAGAAGCAAAACGACGGCAGCAACGACAACUACUGCCCGAAUCUCUCUCCUUUCACGUCAUAUUACUACGGCCACUACUUACCACCCACAGACAAACGGACAAACUGAACUGCUUCAACGCCACCCAAUUAUCCAAAUAUUGUGACGAAGAGCGCACAAAUUGGGAUGUUUAUUUACCAUCUGUUGUAUUUGCGUAUAAUCAUGGUCAACAUAGCUCCAGCAGAUUUAUGCCAUAUCAACUUGCCUUCUGUCGAAAGCCACGUAGCCCUUUUGAUAGUCCUCGCACAGCGGUAAAAUUUUCCAAACCACAUGACUAUUGGAUUGAAUUAAAUCGAUUUAAACACUGGGCGAUAAAACAAGCACGACAGAAUAUUGAACAUCAACAAACCUUGAUGAAACGUCGCUAUGAUAAAAAUCGAUCGAAUCCAAGUUACGCAGUUGAUGAUCUCGUAUGGCUGAAAAUAUUGGCUGGUCGAACAGAAUUAGAUGAACGUUAUCGUGGCCCUUUUCGAGUUACAGGACAACUGAACCCAGUGACAUACACAGUAGAAGAUGAUUCCUUCGCCUACACCAAACGUGACGGAAAGUGGAAAACGAUUGAUGCAGCUGAUCUUGUGCCUGGUGAUAUAAUCGGUAUCAAACUUGGUGAUGUUAUUCCGGCUGAUGGUCGUCUAAUCACAUCACAGGGUAGCGUCAGUAUCGACCAGGCUGCAAUAACCGGUGAAUCAUUACCUGUAACAAAAGAAGUUCAGGAUGAAAUAUUUUCCGGGUCAACAUGUAAACAGGGAGAAGCAGAAGCACUUGUGAUUGGAACUGGACUAAAUACAUUUUUCGGACGUGCUGCUAAGCUUGUUGGAGGUGCGCAUAAUGAAAUUGGACAUUUACAAACAGUAUUAAAGAAAAUUGGAAACUUUUGUAUUUGUAGCAUUGCAAUUUUUGUCGUUACUGAAAUAUUUGUUAUGUAUCCUGGCUUUCGGUAUAAUUAUCGUCGUGGAAUCAGCAAUAUACUUGUUUUACUCAUCGGUGGCAUUCCUAUUGCCAUGCCAACUGUGUUGUCGAUAACACUUGCUAUUGGCGCUAAAGAAUUAUCAAAACACAAGGCAAUUGUAACACAUGUGACAGCUAUUGAAGAAUUGGCCGCCGUGACCAUUCUUUGUUCAGAUAAAACCGGAACAUUGACAUUGAAUAAAUUGGAGAUUGAUAAACCAACAAUAAAACAAUAUGCGGUAGAUAUUAGUCCAGAUGAUGUUAUACGUUAUGCAGCUUAUGCUUGUAGACUCGAUAACCAAGAUGCAAUGUAA